GACACACUCUCACACUCACACACACACACCCGCAGUGAGGGAGGAUGUGUGCGGACUGCUCUCUUCUCUCAGACCAGCGGUGAUUUUUAACCACACAGUGAAUCAUUAAUCUGUUCUAAGCCGGUUUACUUUGGACUUUAGCGAAAUGGAUUAAUAGGACAUGUCGCACGUUAGAAGCUGACAUCUUUUCUUUUUAAACCGUUUGUAACGGCGCCGCUGUUCUCCAGACGAGGCUCGCUUUUACUCACCCCAUGUUCCUUCGCCAGCUGAGCUCCUUCGGCUCCUCCUUCCUUCGCCGCGGCCGUGCUGCUCCCUGCAGGGCCGGUUUCAGGAGCGGCGGUGCCUCCUCCGCCUCCCCCUCCCGCCCCCAUUUCACCCCCGCUCCUCCUCCAUGGUGGACGGUGCGGGGAUUUCCUCCCUGGCCUCCUCGACUCCCCCGCUCCCACCCAGCAGCCCGUCAGCUUUCCUCCGGUCGGACGUUACACCUCGAGAACAUCAACCCAGGCGCCGCCGCCACUGCCGGUAGCUGGCGUUCAUUCAACACCUCUGCCGGCCUCAUGAUGGAGCGCUCCGACAGAGGGCCGCCACACAAACGGAGGAAGAGUGUAGAAGAGAAGGGCGGCAACGAAGAAAGGGAAAGAAACAGAGGAGGAGCACCGGGAGGAAAAGCAAAGGAUGGAGGCUCCAAGAGGGAGCAGCAUCACCUGGAUCCCGGCGCCGACGGCAGCUUCCGACCGAACCACCGCUUCAAAGAUGGGAAACAUGGAGCUGGAAAAGGCGGCAGUAGGGAAAACAGCAGAGAUAAAGACAUGGAAAGGACUAAAAGCGGGAAUAAAGACAGAGAUGGAAACACGCAGCGAAGAGACGGCGCCGGUAGAGAUGAAACGCCGCAUCGAGGGAGGAGCGCACAUCAGCAGGGAGGACGUAAAGACUCCCAACCCGCAGCGUCCAGGACUCAAACCUCCGGGUUCAAACCUGAGCAGCAAACACAGGUCACGCACAAACCAAACCCCUGGUUUAAAGACCGGGACAGAAGUAGAGACGGAGGAGGGCGUCAGUCCCAGCCUCGCAGCACAGCUCCUCCCCCGAACCCCUGGCAGGUUGCCGGGGCCGACAGGCAGCCGCCUCCGCCUGGAACCUGCCCGCAAGUUCCAGUGAAAGCUCUUCAGAGACAGUGGGAGUCAUCUCCCGCCUGCAGAACAUUUCCGCAGCCGCCGGGAGUGAACGCAGCGUUCGAUUUCUCAGUGCUGUCCUACAACAUCCUGUCUCAGGAGCUGCUGCGGGACAACAUCUACCUGUACCAACACUGUCACCCCGGCGUGUUGCCAUGGGAAUACCGGCUGCCCAACCUGCUGAAUGAGAUCCGGCAGUACGACGCUGAUAUCCUUUGUCUUCAAGAAGUCCAGCAGGACCACUAUGAAAACCAGAUUAAACCUGCUCUACAGGACCUAGGCUACCAGUGUGAGUAUAAGAAGCGAACGGGGAAGAAACCAGACGGUUGUGCCGUCAUCUUCAAAACCUCCCGCCUGUCACUCCUCUCCUCCAAUCCCGUCGAGUUCUUCCGACCCGGCGACGCCCUCCUCGACAGGGACAACGUCGGACUGGUCGUGCUGCUGCGGCCGAACGACGCCGCCGCCCGGUCGGAUCCCUCCGCUUUCAUCUGCGUCGCCAACACUCACCUCCUCUACAACCCCCGCCGAGGCGACAUCAAACUAGCCCAGCUGGCCAUCCUAUUGGCCGAGAUCAAACGGUUGUCCCGCCUCCCGGAUGGGUCGAGCAAUCCGGUUGUUCUGUGCGGAGAUUUUAACUCCACCCCCUUGAGCCCGCUGUACAGCUUCCUGACCACCGGCAGCCUGGAGUACCAGGGCCUGCAGAUCGGCAUGGUGUCGGGUCAGGAGAACAGUCCCAGAGGUCAGCGUCUCCUCACGGCUCCCAUCUGGUCUCACAGUUUGGGAAUCAACCAGCAGUGUCAGUACGAGAACAAACACGCUGCCGAGACGUCGUCCAGCAGCCCGACAGCAGUAGAAGGAGCGAUCUCUAAUCUGACAGUAGAAGAACUUGCAACCAAAGCUGCUGUUUCUUUCCACAGAGCGAGGAUCGAGCACAGCCUGAAGCUGCAGUCGUCCUACCAGCACUGCCUGCCGCCUGACGGGAGACCUGAGAUCACCACCUGCCACUCCCGCACGGCCAUGACGGUGGACUACAUCCUGUACACUCCUGCAGAAUCGAUCGCGUCUCCGUCACCUCCCGGUGGGCGGGGCCUCCAGCUGCUGGGCAGGCUGUCAUUGGUCGGCCAGUCGGAGCUGGAGGACGUAAACGGCCUGCCCAAUCACCAGCACUCGUCCGACCAUCUCCCUCUCCUCGCUCGCUUCCGCUACCAGCGCUGACCUGGAGUGUCGUCACGGCGACACGGGGGGACAGCCAAUCAGAACAUCUCUAGCGGCACGAUGCUAAAAAAAAGGCAGCUCAGGGAUGGAGGGAGCGAUGAAGACGUGUGAUGAUGAACAAGUCGUUGUUACUCAGUGUUUUAUCUCAGCAGGCAGCUUCAGUGGUGCCGUGCAGAGUUUGCACACAUAUCAAGUUCUCAGUCACAUUUUCAGAUCAUCUUUAACCUUCAACAAGAUAAAACAUCCUGAGGUCCAGAUUCAUAAACAACACAUGUUACUACAAAUACUAAUAUUCAUCUGGUUGA